GCCCUUAAAGGGGAACGUUUGACUCUUAGAACCCCCUUAAGGGAACCUUUAACCCUUAGAACACUCUUGAAGGGGGACCUUUAACUCUUAGAACACCCUUAAAGGAGAAUCUUUAACUCUCUUAGAACGCCCUUAAAGGGGAACCUUUAACUCUUAGAACGCCCUUGAGGGGUACGAUCCACUCGAUAUUUUGUGAUAUAAGUGUGUCCUGCUCCUUACGCAUGAUGAAAACAUCCCAACCAGUCUACGCCAAUAAACUACGACCAUUGAAUACAUGGGUCCCGUGUUGGCAUUACUCCAAUCUGUCCGACGUCAUCACUAGUCCAACUAGUAGCUGGUUAGGAGGUGUUCUGAUCGUGGAUCAUUAACCCCUCUGCCAGGACCCUGGGGGCCCGGGAGGCGAAGCCAACGUGUUCCAGGACGGAGUGACCCAUGUGGACUUUGUGUUGGUGUGGGAGGAGAGUUUGAGCGGACAGAAGGAAGAGAGGGGCGUGUCAUCGUCUAGCCCCGCCCACAGCAUGAAGAGGGAGGAGUUUCUUUCCAGACUCAGAGACGCAGGACUACUGCUAGAGCAGAGAGAGAGGCUCUAUCUGAAGAGGAAGGUGUGUUAUGUUCUUCUCAGCCCCUGGACGGUGCUCUGUUACUACGCAGAGGAGCUCAGCCUCAGAGCACCACUACAGGUGGUUCAGACACCGACCUACAGCUGGUCGGAGAAGGUCCUGGAGAGGCUGUCCAUCCCCAACCUGAUGAGUCAGCGGGUCCCUAAUGCCCCGCCCGACUACUACACCUGCCCCUUCAGGACCUCCAAACUGGACAGGUUCCUGGACAGUGAUAACAAGGAGACCUUCUUUAAGAAGACCCAGAGGCACCAGCUGCUCUAUGAGAUCCUGGCCAGGACCCCCUACGGGGACGUGACCCGGGGGGAGGUGGGGGUCGACCGGCUGCUGUCGGAGGAGGUGUUCUCUGCUGCCUACCCCCUGCACGAGGGCUCCUAUGAGGUCCCACGGGGGUUGACCUCAGACAGGCUGAGUGUGAGACAGGUUCUGUUCCAGUACUGGGCGCGCUGGGGUAGCUGGUACCGCUACCAGCCGCUGGACCACAUCAGGGACUACUUCGGAGAGAAGGUCGCCCUCUACUUCGCCUGGCUGGGGUUCUACACCGGCUGGCUGGUCCCGGCCGCCGUCAUGGGAACCGUCGUCUUCCUGUUCGGAUUCUGGCUCGUCACCACCGACCUCCCCGCCAAGGAGCUGUGUCACAGUGACAUCAUCAUGUGUCCACUCUGUAACAUCUGCUCCCACUGGAACCUGUCCAGCAUCUGUCUCACCUUUAAGGCUGGCCUGCUGUUUGACAACGGGGGGACGGUGUUCUUCAGCGUCUUCAUGGCCCUCUGGUCCGUCACCUUCCUCGAGUUCUGGAAGAGGAGCUGCAGCUGCCUGACGCACCGAUGGAACUGCAGUCAGUACCAGGAGGUGGAGGAGCGCCCUCGGCCGGAGUUCACGGCGAUGGCUCCCAUGACGACCAGGAACCCCGUCACCGGGGCGGAGGAGCCCUACUUCCCCGAGACCCAGCGGCUCCGCAGGAUCCUGACGGGAGGCGCGGUCAUCGUGGUGAUGGUAGGACUGGGUUAG